UGUAGAAAAACAGUUGAGACGUCCACGCACUGUCAACAGCGCAGAGUGAGCAGACAGGAACAGCACUGUGAGCGAGGACUCCAGCUUCAAACACCUGCUUGCCAACAUGAGCACCGACAGUGUCGCUAUCGUUUCUGCUGCCCGGACGCCGAUUGGGUCCUUGAACGGUGCUUUAUCUACGGUGCCUCUACAUGACCUGUGUUCAGCAGUGAUCAAGGACGUCCUUAAGCGGGCUGGGGUGAAACCAGAUGAGGUUUCUGAGGUUAUCAUGGGACAUGUCCUAACAGCAGGUCAUGGGCAGAAUCCAACACGUAAAGCCAGUGUUGGAGCAGGUAUCCCCUACCCUGUCCCGGCCUGGAGCUGCCAGAUGGUGUGUGGCUCUGGGCUAAAGGCUGUGUGCCUGGGAGCUCAGUCCAUCCUGACUGGAGAGUCCACUGUGGUGGUGGCAGGAGGCAUGGAGAGUAUGAGCAGGGCUCCUCAUACAGUGCAUAUGAGAGCAGGAGUGAAGAUGGGCGAUGCCUCCCUGCAGGACUCCAUGGUGGCAGACGGCCUGACGGACAUCUUCCACUGCUACCACAUGGGAAUCACAGCUGAGAAUGUUGCAAAGCAGUGGGGUGUCAGUCGGGAGGAACAGGACAGGUUUGCUGUCCAGUCUCAGAGCAGAACAGAAGCUGCACAGAAGGCGAGGUACUUUGAUCAGGAGAUUGUCCCCAUCAUGGUGCCAUCCAGAAAAGGUCCAGUGGAGGUGAAGGUUGAUGAGUUUCCUCGGCAUGGUAGCAACAUGGACAGCAUGUCAAAACUCAAACCCUGCUUCGUCAAGGACAGCAGCGGCACUGUCACCGCAGGAAAUGCUUCAGGUAUAAAUGAUGGAGCAGCAGCAACUGUGCUGAUGAGCCAAUCAGAGGCUGCACGGCGUGGCAUAAAACCAAUGGCCAGAAUUGUAUCCUGGGCUCAAGCUGGUCUCGACCCUUCUAUCAUGGGAACGGGACCAAUACCAGCCAUUAGGAAAGCGGUUGAGAAAGCGGGCUGGCAGCUGGACCAGGUCGACUUAUUUGAGAUCAAUGAAGCAUUUGCUGCACAGUCAGUUGCUGUGGUCAAAGAGCUUGGCCUGAAUGAAGAAAAGGUGAAUGUGAGCGGUGGUGCCAUUUCUCUGGGCCAUCCUAUUGGCAUGUCUGGCUGCAGAGUGCUGGUGACCUUGCUGCAUGCUCUCCAGAGGACCGGAGGCCGUAAGGGAAUUGCAUCUCUCUGCAUUGGUGGAGGAAUGGGUAUCGCCAUGUGUGUUGAAAGAGUCUGAGACAAGUACCUCUGUGCUGUUUAAUAUAUUGCACUUGAUCUCAUCUUUUUUUUUUUUUUUUUUUAAUGGAUACUGAAAAUCAUUGUUUACACAACAGGGUUAAUACGCAAAAGAAAGUUUACUUAUCUUCUUUACAUCACAAUACUUGAGGCAAAACUGAGCGUGUGCUUUAAUUCUCACUGUGAUCUUCAUUUUAAACUCAACUGUCCUCAGGUUUUAGCUUUUGAAUUUUGUGAAUUAAUGAUAUAAGUCUUGUCAGUACAAAUAUGUAAAUCUAGCAUAUACUGAUGGCUAAUGUGUAAUACCAGUAGCAGCUUAAAUAUAACAAUGCUGGUAAUAUGACACUGAGCCCAUAUUACAUUCAAUAGUUGUCAAGCAGACAACUAAUAAUGUUCCAUUUAAAAACCAGCUGCUAUCAGUUACUUAUACAGCCAAAUAAGGUUUAACACUAACUCUGUAAAAGAUAGUUUUUAGUACCAAGUAUGGACAAGCAUGUUACUGUCUAUGAAGAAUUUAAUUUAUUCCUAAUCUUAUAGGAUUUUAAAUACGCUUGCUCUAAAAACCUGAACAUUCCAGUAUCUUCCCAUGUGGAAUAAAGGGACCUUCUCAAAUUGUGUAGGCAGUAGCCUUCAAACAGAUAAGUGCCAUAAGUAUGCUUGCCUUCUCUAACCUCGUGCUUCCUGUACAUGGGCAUGUCUGCAGAUAUUUUUCCUGUAAUCUGAGAAAUUAAAGAUUUAUAAACUUGAA